ACAGCUGUGUCGGCCGUGUUGCACACUCUGCCGGCUGCGGAAGGCGGCGUAGGCAGCGUAGGGCCCGAACCGGCAGCGCAUCGCGAACAUGGCGUCCCGCUGACGUCAGGAGCCCGCGCACGCGUUGCCUAGGAGACCGUCAACUGGGUCCGGCGCGUCGAUUGGCGUAGCCCCAGCGAGCGCUCAUUAUCAUACCGCCGCGGAAAGCCGCCUUCCGGGCCGCACGGUGCUCUCGACGUCUGUCCAGCGCGUUCCAGGGCCAGCUCGCCAGCAGCGGCGCGUGUGGAGUGUGUUGCCCGGACGGCGCCCCGAACGGCCCGCGACGCAGGGAGGCUCGGCCGCCGCCCACCGGGGAUCCAGGAGACGCCCGAACAGUGCGAGCCAUGGGCUGUGCCAUGAGCGCCGAAGAGCGGGCGGCGCUCGCCCGCAGCAAGCAGAUCGAGAAGAACCUCAAGGAGGACGGCAUCCAGGCCGCCAAAGACAUCAAGCUCCUGCUGCUCGGUGCGGGAGAAUCGGGCAAGAGCACCAUCGUCAAACAGAUGAAAAUCAUCCACGACAGCGGCUUCACGCAGGAAGACUUCAAGCAGUACAAACCGGUGGUGUACAGCAACACCAUUCAGUCCAUGGUGGCCAUCCUCAGGGCCAUGCCAAAUCUGGGCAUAAGCUUCGGAAACAACGAACGAGAAGCGGACGCCAAGAUGGUCUUCGACGUAGUCGCCCGGAUGGAGGACACGGAGCCCUUCUCGGAGGAGCUGCUCAGUGCAAUGAAGAGGUUAUGGACUGACUCGGGGGUCCAGGAGUGCUUCGGUCGCUCCAACGAGUACCAGCUCAACGAUUCCGCCAAGUAUUUCCUCGAUGACUUAGACCGUUUGGGCAAGAAGGAGUACAUGCCCACGGAACAGGACAUCCUGCGGACAAGAGUCAAAACAACGGGCAUAGUAGAGGUUCACUUUUCCUUUAAAAACUUAAAUUUCAAAUUGUUUGACGUUGGUGGACAGCGGUCAGAACGAAAGAAAUGGAUCCAUUGCUUUGAAGACGUCACUGCCAUAAUUUUCUGUGUAGCCAUGAGCGAAUAUGACCAAGUCCUCCAUGAAGAUGAAACUACUAACCGCAUGCAGGAGUCUCUAAAGCUCUUCGACUCCAUCUGCAACAACAAGUGGUUCACCGACACAUCUAUAAUCCUCUUUCUCAACAAAAAGGACCUCUUUGAGGAGAAAAUCAAGAAAUCUCCACUCACCAUAUGUUUCCCCGAGUACACAGGUGCUCAAGAAUACGGGGAGGCGGCUGCCUACAUCCAGGCGCAAUUUGAGGCCAAGAACAAAUCCACCACCAAAGAGAUCUACUGCCAUAUGACUUGUGCCACGGACACCACCAACAUCCAGUUUGUGUUCGACGCAGUCACAGAUGUCAUCAUCGCCAACAAUCUGCGAGGCUGCGGACUCUACUGAGCCGGGCUCAACGCGGAACGUACGGCGCCACUGCUACAGACACCACUACCAUCGCCCACCCAGCCGAGACACGGCAACCAACGGGGAUCUCUCUCUCUUCAACGGCAGCCUCCUUGCCCCCCUUUUUUCCUCCCUUGGUUGGCCCGCUUCAGUUUCCCCUCACCGAGACGCGGGGAAGCCACGGUCUCCCCCGCAUCUCGGUCCCUUCCCCACCCGACGUGCGCAGCGAGGGGUGCCUCCCUCUCUCGGAGAAAGACACGAGCGAAACAAAGAUUCCAGCACCUCUUCUGCUCACCCGGCAGCCAAGUUGCAUGUCUGUCCUCCUCCCGCGCAUUUUUGGUGAGCACGAGCAGAGACGUGGGCAGCCACUGCCCCCCCGCGUCGCCGGUGGCGUCUGCAAGCGAGGGCGAGAGGACUUCUGUUCCCCACCAGGAACCAAACGGGAAAAACAGCCUCUUCUGCUCACCGGGCAGUCAAGUUGCAUGUUCGUCCUCCAUCGUGUUUUGUGAGACAAUGCCUCCGUUUUGCCGCUUUGUCUCCGCUUCCGUUGCCCCAGCUGGGUGGCAGCCGUGGACACUGAACUUGUGGAUGUGUUCUCCCUUUCGCAGGUUGGGGAGGUAUGCAACCUUUUUCCAUUUCUCCUUCGUUUUCUUAAAACUGUUGCUGUUGGUGGCGUUACUAGGGCGUUUAUUUAUUUGCGUGCAAUUGUCGGAGAGGCCCCUGUGUGGGCUCCUUCCCCCCUCUCCCAACCCGGAGUGUUGCGUGUGUGUCUUCUCAGUUGGGCUCUGUACAACAGACGGGGCCAGGCGGUCGGAUGUCCGUCCCCCGCUGGCACCUUGUCCCCAGAGGGUCCCACCCGGUGGCGACAGCCGCUAACCCUUCCGUUUAAUGCUCCCUUCCCCCAGCCUUGUCUCUGUUCUAUUCCGCUGACUGCAGAGGGGGAUAAAAGAAUAAAUGCAGACUCUACACAUCAAACAACCCACACCUCAAGUCUGAGAAAAAAAAAUAAUGCAAGUGAAGGAUUCAGAGCUCAGCGGAGUCACGGGAGGAGCAAAUGCUAGAGACGUCUCUACAAAAAUGGACUGCCUCGUGUGUUUCUAACUGUACAGCCAUAGUUUCUAAUUCAUCCCAUCCUUCUUUGUUUUUCUAAGAACAAAAUCUGAACCAGGAUCUGUUUUACAUCGCAACACCCGCGCACGUUAAAUCGUGCGGUGCUGUGUUCGAGGAGCAGUCAAGACUGCCCGCAUGCAGGCAAGAGGAAAAACCCUCGAAACAUCUUAAUCCGCGUUAUAUGUACACAUAUAUAUCCAUAUAGUUGCGUAUAUUUAUAUAUAUGUACAUAUAUAAGCGUAUAUGUAUGUAUAUAUAAACACAAAUAUGUGCGAAAAUUGUUUGAGGAGUUCCACACAGACACAAAAUAAAGACAGCAGGAGAGUAGGCAAAGUCAAGAAGCGAGGUGCCGCUUAAAACGAGAGAAGCAACAGACGUUUUUGCCAACGUAGCCUAGUUUGGUAGACCUCUUGCACCGCCGCUAACUGCUCUGCCAACCUGGUUCUUCGUCGAAACGGUGCAAAGACGGUGCGACGGACGAACCCCCAAAGUGAUGUAUUAUAUGAUGCUAGGGCAGGGGAGGGUAAUUUCCCACCCCUUUCCCUUUUGUAAAAGCACGGUUCUUUUCUUCCCCUCCCCCACUGGCCUGUCUGAGCCGGAAACUCCGCAUUGCCGUGGUGAACGGCAACCCAGCGCUCUUCCGGCUGGCACACAUUGGCCGUCUCUCGCAUAGGGAAGAGACGUACGAACAAAGACAUACAAUGACAAAAAAAAAAAAGCAGCAGCAAAGUGAAGUUGUGCAUGUGUGCAUGUUUCUGUGGCGAGACUAGGAGGAUGACUACUCUAACUAGCUGAGAUAGAGGGCGAGAAAGCAUCCUACGUUGCAAUUCUUUGUUCUGCUGUUCUUUGCCCUGUUGUUUUUGCAAGGAAGCUCAGUUCCCUUGAAUUUGUCCCGCCUUGUGAAGGAGACAGACAGAGCAGGUGCGAAAGGGACCACGUCCCAGGUUUAGAGCCCCAAGCCCGGGACGUCCUUCCUUUUGGAAGAUGGCAAGCUAGGAAAGAGGGCGGUAUAUAAAUAUAUACAUAAAUAUAUAUAAUUAUAUGUGUACCGUGUGAGAGUGCAGGAAGCAAAGCCUCUUUGUUUUCAAAAGUGCUUUUGGAAACUCGAGCAUCUGUCCUCUAACCCGGACCCGUCUUCUGUAUCGAGGGAAAAUACGACAGCCCCUGUUCAUUUCACAUCAACCCUCCAUGCGCCUGUUACUUGGCCCCAUUAUUUUUCAUAAGCAGCGACUCGCGUUACCCUCCAGGUGGGAAGGCCUGCGUCUGUGUAGUCAUUCAAAGUUGUUCAAGUUCAAAAAAAAAAAAAAAUGUGAGCCAAUGGGAGCGGUCUGAGCUACAAUGGAACAGUGUAUUCUGCUACCGCAUUGGGGAUUCUUAAUUGCUUUGUCCUCUGCCUGUUGCUCUUCCCUCGCGGUGAUCUCCCUCUUAUGACUCGCAGUUUCAAAAUGCGCUUUCGUUGCACUCUGGCACCCAGAACAAGUGACAAUUUGCUCAGGUACUCCUCCUUCUCUGCCAGCGUCCCCAGUGCUCUGGAACAGGGCCUGGGCAACCGCCACCCGAGAGCAGUAUUUCAACACCUUGCAAAAUUGUGUUUGUCCGUUUUUUUCCUCCUCCAAGAUGGUUCUAGUGUGUGCGGCAAUGUUUCUGCAAGCGUCCCUCAACGAUUCCUUUUGCCUGCGCGACUAGUUCCUCGCCAUUGGUUGUUGCAGUUGAACAGAGGCUUUGUUCUUCGCCGCGUAGGGCCGUCCCUUGUUUGCUUCCGGUCACUCCCGCUGUUUCGGCAGGAGCGUCCAGCCAUGUCCCCUUCCCUUCCCUUCCCUCCCUCCCUCCCUCCCUCCCUCCCUCCCUCCCUCCCUACCCCUCCCCUCCCCUCCGCCCCCCCCCCCCCCCCCCCACCUCGCCAAGUUGAAAUUGUGCGCGCAAGGCAGCGUACCCAACCCGACUGCACCAAAGCUCCUCUGGCUAUGCAAAAGGCCUCCCGGACGACUCUCACGUUGUUCCAGGCCGUUUGCACUCUUCCAAGCUAUGCUGGAAUGAAAGGCCUCCCCCCGAGGAGGCUUUCUUUCGUCGGUCCCCAUAGAGCCAGGUAAAGAGGCCAGAGGGCAACAUAGGUGGCCGUGAUAUGUCUCAGCGCAGCCCAAAACCACGUCGGAGCCGGUGGCGUGCGUUGGCCCCGGCCAUUUUGAAGUGCAGUGCUUUAUCGCUUUGGUUCUUCCACUUUCUCCCUCUGGCACAAGGGACACAUUCCUCGUGUUUGGGUCGGGACGUUUGCAUUUGUCUCACCUGCUGCGGGUUGCUUUUCAAGCUGUCGCUGCGCCUGUUUUAAUUGGCCGGGAAGCCCCGUGCCUGGCCGACACCCGCCUGUUUCCCCCCUGGGUUGAGAUUACAGAGCCCCGCAAAUAACCCCCUCUUUGCAGGGCAUUUGGCCAUUUAUGCUUUUCUGGGACCAUGCACGUUUUGACUGUGAGCCUCCCUUUCCCCCUCUUGGUUCCUGGUUUGUCUGUUGUCCCACUUUCCUCGCCGCAGAAGCCUUGUGUUUGCCCCGUGCUUCUUUUUCUGAGGUGUCAACUUAAGUAUGAGGAGUGAGUUUAGCCAAUGUGACAUGCAGCUCUUGACCUGUUGUUUUUUCUCUAAGGCAGCAAGUGAUCCGAGCAGCUGAAAUAACAACCGAGACAUCCAAACCACCUGCUCUAUAAUGACAACAAAAAGUUUCUCUUUUUUUUUUGUUCUGUAUGCAGUAUCUGCAAUUUUAAUGCCAAUGAAUAAACCUCCUUUGUCGUGUG